AGACCUUAUUUCCGUUCCGCGUGAAUUCCCGCCGCGUACUGUUAAAAUAUUUUUGAAUUUGAUAAGUUAAUAUAGUUUUGAUAGAGACAAUAAAGUGUUGUAUUUUAUCGGGUAUAAUGUGUGGCGGUCACCACGCGGCCGUUGCCGCCGGGUGACCGAUGUCAAAUGUUUUGAAAGUGCAGUACUUUUUCUGCAUUGUGUUAUUAAAAGCGCGUGAUUGUGGGGGCGGCUUGGCGGGCCCGCGACAUGAGCGGCGCGCGCGUAGCCCGCCCCGCCCGCUAUGCAGCGCUUGCGCACCACAUUCAAACGAUCCCGGACUCCAACGCCCGCCGAUAUGAAGACGCAGAGCAGCCUCGAAGUGCCAAAGCAGGUUCGAUCGGCGUCGUUUGAUGAGAUUCAGUUGGAAGCGGCGCGUGGCUCAAACGCCAGUACUUUGCUUUCUGUGCCACAGCCUGGAGCGCGAAGCCGUUCCUUUGACUCGGCUGGAUCUGAUGACUCCGGAACAUAUUUGGAGGUACCGCGGUUGUGGUCACGACGUCGAUCAGGUAAAGGAACGCCACCACCAUGUGUCCACUGUCGGCAUAUGGAGACAUGGUUGGCUCGCCAAAGCGAGGAAAGAUCCACACCUGAAAGAUUACCACCAUCAUCAUCUGCCGAAGACGACGACGAUGAUGAUGACGAAAGCGAUGUGGAAGUACCGAGAAUACAUCUGGCACCGGCACCACCGCCGCGAAUGCUUCUACCACCACCAAUACAGUCACCACCACCAUCUCCGGGUGCACCGUCAUUUGAACUGCAACCACCUGUUGAUGAACCACCCAUAGUUCCACAAAGACGACGCUCCAUAUCACGGCAGGAAGCUUUCUUCGUGGAACCAACGGGGAGCUCCCUCGAAAACGUACGGGCCUCAGAGGAAGCUCAUAAUGAGCCAAGGGAUUCAAUUGUACAUGAUAUAUACUUAGCCGUACCUGAACUAAAACGGGAUCGGGCAGCUUCAGUUGAUUCCUGCUUUUCGAAAGUUUCUGGUGGCAGGGCCGAGGAGUUGUGUCAGGGUGGAGAUUCCCUAACUGUGCCUGGGACGAGCCUUCGUUCUCGCUCUGUGGAUAUUGUGUUACCAACCGCUGAACAGUCACGGUACAAGGCACUCGCUCUCACUGCUGCGCAGACGCCUCUGUCACCGACAUACGACCAGCCACGGGACGAGCCUGACAUUCCUGUGCUUCAUGUUUUGGACAGACGGACAAGUGACGGCACAGCUACCGGGCCCAGAGUUCUACGUUCAACACCAGAUUGGAGUGAGGCUGCUGUAAGUGGUGAGCACCUGUGGCAACCGACCUCAGUGUCUGGAGACUGUUGUUAUGUUGGCGACUCUGAGUGUCAAAAACAUGGAGCUCGCAUGAAGUGUUCAGCGUGUAAGAUUGUGGCGCACACGGCCUGCAUAGAUAUUCUAAUAGACCGUGUGCAAUUUACUUGCAAACCCACGUUCAGAGAUGUGGGCGUGCGACAGUAUAGAGAGCAGACGAUUACGCAUCACCACUGGGUUCAUAGACGGUCCGAAAAAGGGAAAUGCAAAGCCUGUGGCAAGUCCUAUCGGCGUGGCUGCUGUGGGUGGUGCGUUUCCUCAAAUAAAACGUCAGAAAAGCCGAUAGAAAACACUGAACUGGGAGACGCUUCGCUGCAAGCGAAAAUAUCCUUUAGUUCCAAAGAAAUUGUCGCCCUGAGUUGUUCGUGGUGUAAAGAUGCAUACCAUAAUAAAGAGAGUUGUUUUAACCUCCAGAGAAUAGGAGAGGAAUGUUCGUUAGGAACACAAUCAAUUAUUAUAGUACCGCCGUCAUGGAUUGUAAAACUCCCUCGUCGGGGGAGCUUUAAAUCAUCACUACGGAAAUCGCCGAAAAAGAAAAGCGCGGGAAAGAAAAAGGGAAAAGACUCGAAGGUUGAACAAAGACCAUUCGUAAUAAAGCCAAUACCGACGUCAAAUGUGAAACCUGUUCUCGUAUUUAUUAACCCCAAAAGUGGCGGCAAUCAAGGUGUCAAAUUAUUGCAGAAAUUCCAAUGGCUUUUAAACCCGCGCCAAGUUUUCGAUCUCACUCAAGGAGGACCGGGGCCUGGACUGGAGAUGUUUCGUAAAGUGCCAAAUCUGCGUGUGCUGGCAUGUGGCGGAGAUGGCACUGUGGGGUGGGUUCUAAGUGUUUUGGACAGGAUUGGUGCACGGCCAGCUGUGGGUGUCCUUCCACUUGGAACUGGAAAUGAUCUCGCAAGAGCCUUGGGCUGGGGCGGGGGCUAUGAAGAUGAACCAAUAUCAAAAAUCCUUGCACACAUCGGCGAAAGUGACACAGUACUACUGGACCGCUGGCAGUUAACAGUAGAGCCUAACACAGCAGCGACAGGCGAAGACACCAGCAACGCGAAAGCAGAUUUACCGCUGAAUGUCGUUAACAAUUAUUUCUCUUUCGGUGUCGAUGCCCACAUCGCACUCGAGUUUCACGAGGCCAGAGAGGCGCAUCCUGAAAAGUUUAACUCUCGCAUCCGGAAUAAGCUCUUUUACGGAACGGCUGGCGGAAAAGACCUCAUGCAAAGGAAAUGGAAAGGAUUAGCCGAAUUCGUUACUUUGGAAUGUGACGGGAAGGAUCUUACGCCGGUCUUGAGGGAGCAUAGAGUACAUGCGAUCGUGUUCUUAAACAUUCCAAGUUACGGAGGUGGUACGCAUCCUUGGAACAAAUCCCAGGGAGCAUCAGAACCCUCAACUGAAGAUGGAUUAAUAGAAGUCGUUGGGUUGACUACGUACCAAUUGCCGCUGUUGCAAGCUGGCGGCCAUGGUACAUGCAUCACUCAGUGCAAGACGGCAAAAAUAGUUACGACCAAAGUGAUACCCAUGCAAGUUGACGGCGAGGCUUGCAGACUUGCGCCUUCUGUGAUCACAUUGUCGAUACUGAACCAGGCGAUUAUGCUCGCCAAGAAGAAACCGGGAAGGGUUCUGGCACCCCUUACGACGCUUGAUAAGCUCAACUUUACCGUGAAUAUAAUUACAAUGGCUGACUAUGAACGACACCACUACGACAAGGAACUUCUGGCUAAAGCAGCGGAAAGGAUCGGUACUUUAGAAGUGAACCCAGCAACGGAUCUGGAGCAGACACGAAAUCUCGUUCAUAACCUGAUCAAAGAAUCUCAAGCUUACUCGAAUAUCGUGGAUUGGUGGUUUGUGGAUUCUGUAACUGCGGAACGAUUUUUCCGUAUCGACAAAGCUCAAGAGAACCUCCACUAUCCAAUGGAUAUCGGUCACGACAACCUCUACAUACUGGACGCGGCACCACUCACACCGGACACCGACACAACUGCUCACCCAGAAACCACAGCGAGUGGUUCACUGGACCGCACUAGGCCUUCGGUGUCACUGGAGACCACUACUGGGCUGUCAGUAUCGCUCGACAUAUCGCAGAGUGUAGAUACACCGAGUGCUGCUGUUUCGUUAGACGUACCAGAUUCCCAUGGAAGCCCAGCGCGGACGUCAGAUGACGUAACGACGCCACAGACGCCUCCCUCAGCAGCCACUACAGCCACGCCCACCUCCAAGUCAUCUCUAUCGCCAAAGCUCACAGUACCGAAGUCAAAGACAUCGCAAGACUCCAACUCGCCACCUCUAUGCGGCAGUCCCACGGGCAAAGACAACGAACCGUCUCCGGAGUCUAUAGCCCGGUUCAAAACCAUACAUCAAAAAUUGUUUGGAUUUGAACAAGAAGCGUUUGGCUGUGGAAAUCUAUUGGAGAAAACAUCCGACUCGUUGCUCAAAGCUGCGAAAGUCGGGGACUUGAAAAUGAUAAAGGAACUGCAUGCGGCGGGAUAUUCUUUACUAUCUAUUGAUGCGACCGGUCAGACUGCAUUGCACAUUGCCGCUAGAUAUGGCAAUAAAGAGAUUGUUAAAUAUUUGAUAGCGUGCGCUCCAACAGCCAUAUUGAAUAUGAGCGAUAACGAGAAAGGGCAAACGGCGCUACAUAAGGCCGCAGCGUAUAAGCGACGAGCGAUAUGUUGCAUGUUGGUGGCGGGGGGAGCGUCUCUCACACGACAGGACCACGCUUGCUUAACGCCGAGACAAAUCGCUCUACGCGCUGAUGAUCACGACCUUGCAGCGUAUUUAGAAAGUCAAGAGCAUUUCCAGUUAGUUUCAGAAGAUUUGGAGACAACAGUGUGAAAUUUAUUAUUAUCCCUUUCAUUAUCGAAUCUACUAUUAAUAAGGUUAUUUAUUUUGUAUAGACAUAAGACAAUUUCAUAUAAUCAUAAAAGACUUUACUGAGCUUAUAAAUAUAAUAAUAUAUCUUGUUCACACAUAUCCUUUAGAUCUUUCUACAUACACCGAAUUAAGAGUGUUAAGGCGAGUUUACAUAUACACCGUGGAAUAUAUAAAUAUGGAGAGAAGAGUGAAAAAAGCAAGUAAAAGUCGUGUUUUUAAUAGAUCAAUCAUACUUCAUAAAUAUAUGCAUAUAUGUAAUGAAUGAGUAUAUAUGUAAGUCACGAAGGAUGAACGGCGACACUAUUACUAUAACUAAAAGCUAAGACUAAGGCUCGAAUAAUUAUUUAUGUUUCAUGAUCACAACGAAUUACAACACUAUCGAAAUAUAAUAUUUACUAUCUAUCUUAUAUCUAAUACUAUUUAAAAUAUAAUAUCCCCAAUUAAUAGGAAGUUGGCAAGGUCUAAAAAGUUAGUUUCGAUUGUUAAAAUCCGGCUUGAAGGACCAAAAAGGAUGUACGUUUUUCACAAACCAAAAUACAAUUUCUUUAAUAACGCCUCUAUAGUAUUGUUAUUUGUAGGUCAUAGAUAGCAUUUUAUAGUGUAAAAUGUGAACUCGUCUUAAAUAAUAAAUUCAUAUAUGACUAAAUAUAAAUUGUAUAUAAUUAUUAGAAUAAAAUUCGAAAUAUCCUCUAUACCUCUAUAUCGACACUAUUUAUUGUACUUGCAUCUUAUUUAGAAAUAUAAUAAUGUAAAUAAGGUUUAAAAUGACACCUAAUUAGAACGUGAUAUAUAAUCACUUAUGUAUUUUAAUAUUUAAAAACUGUAUGGAAAGAUUCUUAGUGAAUUAAAAGUUAAGACCAAUAAUGGGAACAGUACAAUUUGACGCAAUGUGUGGUUUAUGGGCUCUAUGGUUCUGCUUUUGACAUCUUACUGGACAUUUUUGAACGUCAUCGACAAUGACAUUUGAUCAAAUACAAAAGUAUUUUACGACUUGCGAUAUGCUAGCGCCAAUCGAAUUUGCAUUUUAAAGGUCAUAUAACCGAAUGUAAAUUCUAGUUUAUGCCUGUGGCGCCUGUCAGAAAAGCGAUUGUUUGGUAACGUGUUUGUCAAAAUAUCCAUACAAAAUUCACACCAAAACAUGGAGCCUGUGUUCGACGCACUAAUUCUGAGAAUGAUGUGUAUUUAAUAAGUAUUCACUUCACUAUUAGUACUUUACAUAGAAGCAAUUAGAAUUAAGUAAUAAGUAUGGAGGCUUUACAAUGAGUUUGAGUAUUAAUAUCAAAUAUUUGUAUAAAAAAAUCUCUUAAUAACACAUAACCUAAAGACGUUACUUUGCAAGAGGUAAAGAAAACUUUUGUGCUUGCACUUAUAAUAUUAAUACUAUCAAAGUUAUGGUGAAGCUGAUUUCUCAUUCAUUAGGUGUUACUAUAUUUGGUUGUGUUAGUGUAUUUGAAAAUUUCGUUAUGCAAAGCAUUUGUUGCUAGUUAAUUUGUUUCGUGUUUAUUUUAGUAAUAGCAAAGCUAUCAAUCAUUGCUAAUAGUAGUGUAAAAGUACGAUCUCACCUCCUCGCUUAGUUAAUAAUACAUUAUAGUUGAUAUAUCAAUAUAUAUAUAUAUAUCAGAAUAGCGGUAAAUUAUCACUAGUACAGACGUCUGUUAUUUUCUUUAUUAUAUUUCGUAGUAAUAAAUUUAUCAAAUCAAUUGUUACUGAAUAUAAAUAGUAGUUACAACCUUCGAGACUCGAAUAAUAAUUGGUAUUUCUUGAACCCGCGGUUCUAUUAGAGUUACCUAAUUUUGCCCAUAAGAAAGUACAUAAGGCCUACUUUGCUUAUGAAUGAUCAGUAAAUUCGACAUAUGUCUGCUCCUUGAGUCAUGAAUACAGCACUUCACACGUAUCUAUAUAUUCAGACUAUUGUGUGGUAUAUUCUGUAACUAGAGUUCUUUUUAUUUUUAAAAAUGGAAUCAUUCUCUACUACGCUAUAUUUGCUUUUUAUAGGCACAGAUGCUGGCUGGCUAGAUAAAAAAAUUAAAAAUUCUGUGAUUCGAAUUCAUAUUGAGAACAGGAAUGCCUUUACUAUUUUUCCUAAUUUUUAUAACUAUUUGUAGUCUAUGAUAUUCUAAAUGUUGGUUUUAUUUGGCUGUAAUAAAAUACCUCUACGUAGACGUAGAUGUCAUUAGUGUAAUCGAAUUUAUUCGUACUUAUUUAUCGCUAUAAUGCGAAAUGAAAGACAAAGCUGUGAGAAUUUUGAUCAUUGUAAAAAGUAGAUUCAUUUAUCAUAGUCUCGAUGUGUGGUUUUCUUGUAUAUAUGUUUUUUUUGAACUCAUCUUUCAUCAUAUAUACUUCAACGAUAUAGCUUUAAGGACUCACGAGUGUUCUGCUAGAUUCUGUCAUAAAUAUAGAAUAACCUUCACUUUCCUAAGGGUAAGAUUUAGAGUUGAGACUUAGACCAAUUCACGACUCACACUGAAUAUCACUCUUACUCUAUGGCCGUGUCAUAGAUUAUAUUUCAAAAGAUCAUUUCAUGUACAUAUUGUAUCUAUAUUCUACCUUCAAGAGGCCUUCAUUCAUAAAUAUAUUAAAUAACUAUUGCUAUUAAUCGAAUUAGGGUAUAUAGUUUCACGACCAAUUUCGAACUUAAAUGGUUAAUUAGUAUAAUCACUUAAUCUGUUAUGGACACAAUAAAAUUCUGUUUCAAUUGCGUAAAACAAUAUUUUAUUAAUCGAGCACUGACUCAAGAACUUUUUGAAUAGUCUCACAGUUUAUUUAAUCUUAGCCAUAGGAUAGGAUAGUCUGUGAAAUAAAUGAUCUGUUAAUGCAAUAAAAUUUAAUAAUUUGGUAAUUUUUUUUCAUCUCUUGAAUCUAAAUUUAAAUCUCAAAUUUUGAAUAAUUAAAUAAUUACAUAAAUGAAAUACUAAUGAAAAUGUAAGAUUGUACAAUGCACCGCUGAGCGGAUAUAAUAAUUCGAUUAUAUUAUUAUAUUUUUUUUGUAAGUAAUGCCGAUCAGGAAUGAGAUUGUAUUUUAAUAAUAAAAACUCCGCUCGAUUUAAUAAUGCACCUAUACACGUGAAGGGGAAUGAUUUAAGAUAAUAAAUUCUCUUUUGUAGACAUUUGACAUUUUGACAAAAGAAUAUUUCUAAUUAUGUAUUCCAAAAUUGAAAUUUUAAAAAUGGAACAAGAGUACUUAUCUAAAAUUUUGUAAUAUUCGCACUCAUUUCAUUGUGUAAUUUAACGAUAUUUUUGCACUGAGUGAAGUCGGUAUUUUAAUGAAAAUUAUAACAAAUAUUCUUAAAAAUAAAU